AUGUGGAGUGUCGGCACGUGGAGCUGCGAGCGCGUGCUUGAGGGGCACACCUGGUAUGUGACCUCAUUGGCCAUCAACGACCGCUUCUUAUUCUCCAGCUCUGAUGAUCAGACCAUCAGAGUAUGGAGACGGGGGAAGUGCCAGCGAGUGCUUCCCUCUGGUUACGUGUUGUCUUUGGCGGUCAGCGGUGAACUUUUGAUUUCGGGGGUUACCAGGGGCGUCAUUCGCGUUUGGAGCCUUGCCACCUGGGGUUGCGUCAGACAGCUGAGCGGGCACACUGGUUGGGUGCGGUCAUUGGCAGUCGGGGCCGGUUUGUUGUUUUCGGGUUCAGACGACAAGUCAGUUCGGUUGUGGAGGCUCGGCACUUGGGAAUGCAUCCGAGUCCUCGAAGGGCACAGCAGUUCCGUGACGGCGGUGGCGGUCAUGGGCGAACGCAUUUUUUCUGGGUCUAUGGACAAAGCCGUUCGAGUGUGGGACAGAGUGGCGUGA